AUGACCAUCCACGUCGAGGGUCUGGUGGCCAUUGUAGUUUUUUAUCUGGUGAUUCUCUUUGUGGGCAUUUGGGCAGCGUGGAAAAACAAGAAUUCAGGCGUAGGUGAUGGUGGCGACCGGAGCGAGAGCAUCAUGGUUGGUGGCCGGGACAUUGGCUUGUUUGUGGGUGUAUUCACAAUGACUGCUACUUGGGUGGGUGGGGGCUACAUCAACGGGACAGCUGAGAAUGUCUAUUUACCUGAUUAUGGCUUGGCUUGGGCCCAAGCACCCUUUGGAUAUGCUCUCAGCCUGGUACUAGGUGGUCUUUUCUUUGCCAAGCCCAUGCGAUCUCGUGGCUAUGUCACUAUGCUGGAUCCUUUUCAACAGCUCUAUGGCAAGAGGAUGGGGGGGUUGCUUUUUAUCCCUGCUGUUAUGGGUGAAAUCUUCUGGUCUGCUGCCAUUUUAUCUGCCCUGGGAGCCACCUUGAGUGUGAUCGUGGACAUAAACAUCAACAUGUCAGUGGUGAUCUCAGCUCUGAUUGCUAUCUUCUACACUCUUGUGGGAGGACUCUACUCAGUUGCCUACACUGAUGUAGUGCAACUCUUCUGCAUCUUUGUGGGUUUGUGGAUCAGUGUGCCUUUUGCGUUAUCCAAUCCUGCCGUGUCAGACAUCAUCGUGACAGCCAGGGAGGCAAUCCACCAGUCACCCUGGCUGGGGAAGGUUGAUCCUGCUGACAAAUGGCUCUGGGCAGAUAAUUUCUGUUUGCUGAUGUUGGGGGGGAUUCCCUGGCAGGUCUAUUUUCAACGGGUUCUUUCUGCCUCUUCAGCUACCUACGCCCAGGUCCUUUCCUUCCUCGCUGCCUUUGGUUGUUUGGUCAUGGCUGUUCCUUCUAUCCUCAUAGGAGCAAUAGGGGCAUCCACUGACUGGAACCAGACAUCAUAUGGGGCCCUCCCUCCAAAAGAUCGGGAUGAAUCCGACAUGAUUCUUCCCAUUGUGCUUCAGCACCUCUGCCCACCUUACAUCUCCUUCUUUGGACUGGGAGCUGUAUCGGCUGCAGUCAUGUCAUCUGCAGAUUCCUCCAUUCUCUCUGCCAGCUCCAUGUUUGCCAGGAAUAUCUAUCAACUUGCCUUUCGACAGUCGGCAUCGGAUCGUGAGAUCGUCUGGGUGAUGCGUCUCACAAUCUUCGUUUUCGGAGCCCUCGCCACUGCCAUGGCUUUGUUAACAGGAACAGUGUACGGGCUGUGGUACCUGAGCUCGGACCUUGUCUACGUCAUUGUCUUUCCCCAACUUCUCAGUGUCCUUUUCGUCAAAGGAACCAAUACCUAUGGCUCGGUGGCUGCCUAUGUCUUUGGUCUUUUGCUACGAAUUGGCGGAGGAGAACCCUAUUUAAAACUUCCGCCAUUCAUUUAUUAUCCUGGAUGGGUGAUCCAGGAGAAAGUCCACCACCUCUCUGGUGAUGUAGAGCAUUUUGUCCAGCAGAGAUUCCCAUUCAAGACAAUGUCCAUGGUGGCAUCCUUUUUGGCAAACGUGGUAUUUUCCUACUUGACAAAGUACCUAUUUGAAAGUGGUACGCUGUCACACAAAUAUGACUUCUUCGAUGCUGUGGUCUCUAAGCACAGCAAGGAGAUCAUGGACAAGGCCACACUGGUAAGCCAUGAUAAUAUCAUUCUCUCAGAGAUGGCGCCUGUCAAACAAGCACUGGGUGCAUCCCUGGCGGCAACCUUCACCAAUAGAGAGGUCCUAAGUAAUGAUGAAGUGUCAAGUCCUGAGGAGUUUCAAAAUGAAAACUAG